AUGGCGAUACCUGGGACUGAGUCCUCGGAGGAGAUUGAGGACUUGGCUGGGUUCGGAGACGGGAUGGCCGACCUCGCGCAGUUGGUCAGCAAGGCGCUUGAGCUUGGUGCAUGUUUCCCUUCUUCACUCAUGUACGGCGACGACGUCAAGUCCCAGGUGACGCUGAAGCUGCCGGAGGGGAGGGUCAGCUCGAAGCUGGCCAUCUACACGACGCUGAUCAACCCGUUCUCCAAGUACGCCCUGAUGGUGACGCCGCUCGCUACGGCGGUCGAGGAGAGGCUGCUCACCGCCGGCACCAAGAGCAAGAGGUCCUUCAGCGUACUGAUCAGGACCCUCCUCGUCGUCAGCACGGUCGUCGUCGCGCUCGCCGUGCCCUUCUUCGGCCACCUGAUGGCGCUCGUGGGCUCGCUCCUCAGCGUCAUGGCCUCGAUGCUGCUCCCCUGCGUCUUCUACCUCAAGAUCUUCGGCGUGGCGCGGUGCGGCGGGGCGGAAGUCGCGCUGAUCGCCGCGAUCCUCGUCCUUGGCUCCCUGGUGGCCGCCACGGGGACGUACUCUUCUCUGAAGAAGAUUGUUCACGAGUUCUGA